AUGAAAAGGAGGACCACAAGAGUUGAAAGAAGGAUAAGGGCAAUCCACAUCAGUGGUGGAACUUUCGAGGCACUCCCUAGAGCCGCACGAGGCCCUUGGGGUCGUAUGGGAAACAAAGAAAUUAGGGAUUGCAUGUUUCACCUUGUUGCUGAGGCCGCGUCGAAAUACUUAAGAGAGGGAUAUAGCAUGCUGAGCUCUGAGCGUCUUGCAGCUGAGAUGGGUCUGGCGGAUAUGAAGCGUGUUUCUCUUUCUUUGACUGAGCCGCUGAAAACCGUGGCAGAUGCAGAAACCAGUGUAUCCUCGGCUGGGGAUUCUGACAGCGUUGCUGAGCGGGUCAAAAAUCCCUUCCAGGGCAAGAAAGAGGCUAAACGUGCCUUUUCAAGUAUCCUUCUUCAAAAUGACAUAUUGCUUCGCGUACUAAGCUUUUUGUCAUGGCGUUGUGUGCUGCAAGUGAGAGGAGUAAACAAGCAGUUUCUUUUUCUCUCUUUUUCUUUUGUGACUGUGUGCCGAAUUCCUUACAGCGAAAUACCCGGUCUUUUUAUUCCCUGUCAUGAGGACCUCAUGGUGAAUGAACGGAAACUGGAAGCUCAGCUGGCUCCUGCGCGUGGAUUAUGUGCAUGCUUGGAGUAUGGACCUAUGCCGGGUUCUCCCUUGGCGUGCAGCAAACCAUGUAGCGAGUGCUCAACUUGUUCUGACAAGCGCAUGUUCAUUGGUCAGCUUCGCCGUGAUGGUACAGUGCCCAUGAUCAAAUGGCUCUUAUUGACGGUUUUACAAUUGCCUCCCAAAUCUUUUGUUUCUGUAGAAAACCACCGAAACAGAACUUCUAAGAGGGGAAAAGGAUGUGUGUGGUUAACCCUGAGAGACGAUGCGACGACAGUUCUGCUUUCCUAUCAUCAUCGUGUCUUUUUUGACAGCGUGAUGAAUGUGGAAGGAGUUUGGCUGGUUCCCCCCAGAUGCAGAGAACAGUUGGCAGCCCUCGCCAAUACCCGAGGAACUCUAAUAGAAAGAUCAAAGCACCUACCACGUGGCACACUGGUGGUGGAGAUGCCAAAUUCUGUGUUUUCCCCCAUUACGGCGUCGACAACGCAGUCUUUUUUGUCAAUAAACCAAACUUCUGCGUCUCCAUUUCCAUCUCCGCCGCCUCCAGUCCCAUUUUCAAAUUUGCAAGCUUGCCGGAAAUUACGAGGGAUGUGGCGGUAUGAUCCCUAUUCUUUUACUUCUCCGGUUUUCUAUAUUAUUCCACGUUAA